UCGGGAAAUUAGUACGUCUUGAAGACCCACCAUUCUGUCACCAAUCAUUGAAAACUAAUCAGAGUUGAUUUUUCUUUCCGUCUUUGGCUCUUGGAUGCGUCUGACAUGUCUGAAGUUCAGGGUCUUUCAGUGCUUCCUACUGAUGUUCGGCAUGUGUCUGUGGGUGAAGAGCAGCAGGUUUGGAGCUCCUGCCUGGACCAGGAGGAAACUAAGCCUCCACACAUCAAAGAGGAACAGGAGGAACUGUGGAUUGGUCAGGAUGAAGAAAAGCUUCAAGACCAGGAGAACAUUGAUAUUCAGUUCCCAUUUAGUUAUAUUUCUGUGAAGACUGAAGAUGAUGAAGAGAAACCUCAGUCAAUACAACAACAUGAAAUAAAAGCUGAACAGAUGGAAACAGGAGCUGAUAGAGAGGACUAUGAAGGAUCAGAGCAAGCCAGGAGCUCAGAUCCAAAGAGACAUUUACAUCCAGUGAUUGAGGUCAAGAUUGAAGACUCUUCUGAACCUGAGGCUGUAGGCAGUAACAAUGUGAAGUGCACAGUAAUGUAUCAGUCAGGUCUAAGCUCUGUGGAAAGACUUCGAGAUCAGGGACAAAAGACCAAUGAGAAACUGAAUAGCUGUUCUGAUUGUGGUAAAAUAUUCAAAAAGAAAAGGAAUCUAAUGACACACAUGAUAAUUCACACAAAGGAUACAAUCCUGGACUGCUCUAAGUGUGAUGAAAGAUUUAACCUUAAAGCACAUCUGGAACAACAUAUGAGAAUUCACGUGGUGGCAAAACCCAUCAGCUGCCCAGAGUGUGACAAAAGAUUUAGACAUAAAGGUCAUCUAACAGACCAUUUAAGGACACAUACAGGAGAGAAACCCUUCAGUUGCUCUGAGUGUGGCAAAAGGUUUAGUCGGAAGGAAAAUCUUACACAACAUAUGUUCAUUCACACCAGAGAGAAACCCUUUGAUUGCUCUGAGUGUGGCAAAAAAUUCAACCUUAAAGGACAUCUGAGACAACAUAUGAGAAUACACAUGCUUGAGAAACCUUUCUGCUGCUCUGAGUGUGGUAAAGCUUUUACUUGUAAAGAAAAUCUGACCCAACACAUGCAUGUUCAUAUGGGAGAGAAACCCUUUAACUGCUCUAUGUGGUAA